UAAAUCAUUUGUGAAGCUGAAGUCAAAAUUAUAAGAAAAAAAACUGAGUAUAUUUGAUCAUGAUGAAUGCAGUUUAAAUCCACAUAAAGAUACACAUUUUGAAGUUAAAUCAGAACAAGUUCUUCUGGUUUUAGGUUGUUUAGAAUUACCAUUAAUCAUUUCUAUUUGCUAAAUGCCAGCUAGAAAACCUAGCAAGAACAUUUUUUAGAGAUUGUUUUGUAUCCUUCUUCAAAUUUGGUUAGUAUCAGUGAUUGUCUUCUAAACUGGUUGACUUGGGUCAAACCUUUCAGGUUUCCCUCCACAAACUUCUCAGUUUGCUGGAGUUCUGGCACAUUCCUCCUGACAGAAUUGGUAUAACUCAGUUAGCUUUAUAGGCUGCCUUAGUCACACAUACCUUUUUAGAUCUACCAACAACAUCUCCACUGGAGUAACAUCAGGCCAUUGUCCUUAAACCCUUAAGGGAAUACAGAUUGAGUUUUAAAGCGUGCAAAACAAUGCAGAAAUUAUAAUUAACUAUGACUCACGUAAUUAUAAUUUAUCAGAACCAGAAAACAAGGUGAAAUACACAAAUUUUUACAAAUUAAGUUUCAUUAGAUUUAUACAGCGCUUAUGAAGACACUCAGAGACUUUACAAUGAAAUCCGUCACUACCAUUCACGCACACAAUGACACGCAGAAGCCUAUCAAGAAAGCUAAAUAAUACCUAAAUUUAAAUUGUUUUUAUCUCGUUAUUUUUUUAAUGUGCAUAAUUUGACAAGUCCCCAGACAUUAUGACGUCAACGCUGUCUGGCUCGCGCUAAGGCUUGGAGUGGGGGGGUUGAGGCACGCAGACAAAGAGGGAGGAGGAAGAAGAAGAAGAAAAAAAAUCAUCAUCAUCAUCAUCAUCAAUGCGCUGUUGGUGCGGGGGUCACGAACUAUGACCUUUAACAGAAGAAAAUAACAAUUAUUAUUUUUUAUAAAACAGCCGAGCGCCUUAAAAGCUGAAAGCGGCGUCCCUCUGAGACCUCACUAAUGACUCCACAUGAUCAUGGCGACCAACCUGAACCUGCUCUCUCAGCAGAAAUCAGACUCUGAGCAUGAGGCAGAGGGGUCAUGCUCUCCAUCAGAUCCAGUGAUGGGUGAGUCUCCCCAGCGCUUUCGGGUCAUCUCUGCAGAGCCUGCCACAGCACCACAGCGAUUACAGAUUGUAACCAACCAACAGACGGGUCAGAAGAUCCAGAUUGUGACAGCGAUGAACCCGUCCAGUGCUUCAAAGCAGCAGUUCAUCCUGACAACGGCUGACAGCUCAGGGGCGAGCAAGGUUAUCCUGGCCUCACCAGAAACUCACAACUCGAAGCAGGUCAUCUUCACAGCUGCAGACAGCCUGAUGCCAGGAAGGAUACAGAUCGUCACAGAUCCAGUGUCAAUGGAGCGUUUGUUGGGACAGUCAGGAGAUCUAAGUCGAUCUCAGCCAGUGGAAUAUUGCGUGGUGUGUGGCGACAAAGCUUCAGGGCGUCACUACGGAGCUGUCAGCUGUGAGGGAUGCAAAGGUUUCUUCAAGCGGAGUGUGAGGAAAAAUCUCACCUACAGUUGUCGCAGUAAGCAGGACUGUGUCAUCAACAAACAUCACCGCAACCGCUGCCAGUUCUGCCGGCUGAGAAAAUGCCUUAAAAUGGGGAUGAAAACUGAUUCUGUCCAGAGUGAGAGGAAACCCAUCGACGUUGUUCCCCGAGAAAGACACUCCAACUGUGCUGCCUCCACCCAGAAGAUCUACAUCCGCAAGGAUCUCAACAGCCCACUCAUCGCUACACCAACCUUUAUCUCUGAUACGGAUACAGAUGGUUCCAGAUCCAGCCUGCUGGACCAGGGAAUGCUGGUUAAUAUCCAGCAGCCGGUUAUUCAGGCUGAUGGGACGUUGCUGUUGGCAACAGACUCCAAGAUGGAUUCUGAGCACGGAAACCUGGGGACGCUUGCCAAUGUUGUGACAUCACUUGCCAACCUGAGUGACUCCCUGAAAGAAAGCCUGAACAAUGGUGAUACCUCAGACAGCCAGCAGGAGGAGCAGUCUGCAAGUGAGAUAACACGUGCCUUUGACACUCUGGCCAAAGUCUUCAACCCACCUGAAGCAGGGGCAGAACAGAACCUGGCUGAGAAGUCACAGUGUGUCGGUGGGACCACCAUCCAGCUGAUUGGACGGGACCAAGAGACGCCCAUCAUUGAGGUGGAGGGACCGCUGCUCACCGACAGCCAUGUUGGUUUCAAGCUGACCAUGCCCAGCCCCAUGCCCGAGUAUCUGAAUGUACACUACAUUUGUGAGUCGGCGUCCAGACUCCUCUUCCUCUCCAUGCACUGGGCACGCUCCAUUCCUGCCUUCUCAGUACUUGGGUGGGUGAGAAAAACGAAAUCGGCACAACAAAAGUUUUCCUGUCAUGUUGCAGUGCUGCCAUCUCCUGUUUGUUUGUGGUAUGUCUUACAUGUUUAUGUAUUUCCCAGUCAGGAGGCAAACACAAGCUUGGUGCGAGCUUGCUGGAACGAGCUGUUCAUCCUGGGUCUUGCUCAGUGCGCUCACGUGAUGAACCUGUCAACCAUCCUCGCUGCCAUCAUUAACCAUCUGCAAAGCAGCGUCCAGGACGACAAACUUUCUGGAGAGCGGGUGAAGCAGGUGAUGGAGCACAUCUGGAAGUUCCAGGAGUUUUGUAACAGCAUGACACGGCUGGAGACCGACAGUUACGAAUACGCCUACCUAAAGGCUAUUGUGUUGUUCAGUCCUGAUCACCCAGGUGUGGAGAGCAGCGGCCAGGUUGAGAAGUUUCAAGAGAAAGCUCUCAUGGAGCUGCAAGACUAUGUGCAAAAAACAUAUCCUGAAGACACAUACAGACUAACACGCAUCCUGACACGUCUGCCUGCCCUUCGUCUAAUGAACUCAAGUAUCACAGAGGAACUCUUCUUCACUGGUUUGAUAGGCAACGUCUCUAUUGACAGCAUCAUUCCCUACAUCCUCAAGAUGGAGACGGCGGAGUAUAACAGCCAGGACUCGGACUCGACAGAAUGACAACAAAACCAAGGCCCUAAAAAGUGUCAGUUAAGUUUGUAAAUCUCAUUUUCAGGUACAUGGCCUCUAGAGGGCUGUAGUUGAACUACAAAUCUUUGUUUUCUAACAUUACUUGCCCGAUUUGGCGCAACAUGGCAUUGGAAAACCAGGAUGACUCGGAAUGUUUUCUGCACCACAUGCUGUGAGUCGCUCUUAACUACAUGGGGAAAAAAAAUUAUUCAGUCAGCUGUAACUUCUCAACUGUCUCUUUUAAUAUUUUCUUCACAUUUCAUUGAGCACUUUGAUCCUCAUUGUCAAAUAGUCUGAAGUUUAAAUAAGCCUUACAUUCUGUGAUGUUGAUCAAAUACAUGUAAUAUUGAGUACUAGCCUUUGAUCCCAAAAUGUCAAAUAAAAUACCAAACGCAGCCUGAAAUGUAAACAUCAGAUUAUGUAAACCUGAAGGAGGAUCAUAUUGUUUUGGUUUCUUCUGCUACCAGCACUUCUGCAGUCAGUACUUUUCAUUUUGUUGUGGCAAAAGUUUCCGACUCAAACAUGGACGUCUCCAAUAGCCAAGAAAUUUAAUAUCACUUCCACAACAGAAUAUAUAUAAACUGGCUUUAUGUAUGUUUUUAAUUUUCUUUGAUGUUUUUGUCCAAGUGUUUUAACAAAAGCUAAUUAACAAGCCUCACAAUGGUUACGUAUAAUCAAAAUGGAGGCCUUUAACUUAUUUUGUUUAUUUUAUGACAUUUGCACCGAGAUCACCCAUGUUCAUACCAUUGGCCUGAACUAUGAAGCAGGUUUAUCAGGGUAAAUUUAGUUUCAGGUUCAGUUUAAGAUGAAGCUCAUUCACUUCUCACCUGGCUCUAUCACCAUGGUGACUCAUAGAAAAAGCUCGGGCAGCAUAAUAUUAGAAAAACAGAAAAUAAAGCAAUAUUAAUGCUGAAUACUGAGAAAGAUUGUAGCUGCUACGAUUAACCCUUAUUUCUUUAAUUGUUCUGAUUCUUUUUCCAUCAUUGUUGUAGAAAUACAAUUAUUCUUUGAUCAUUUGAAUAUGAGAUUGAAAUGAACACUAAUCUUCACAUUCCCAGCAAAUGUUUUGGGAUGUUUUUAGGUACUAUCAUUGGUGUGUGCCAACAUUAGUAAUUUGAUCAGCAUUGGUUCAGUUUAAA